GUAUCGGGGGCGUGGCCGAGGAAGGGGCGUGGUUUACAGCUGGAGCCCUGUUACUACCAGUGUUCAAGGUGUUUGUAGGAUGUUGCUGUACGGUCCGCUGCAGACGUAAAGGGCCCGGCAUUUGCCGCUGGCGACAAGUGGAGUGUAGAAGGCUGCAACUUUCCAGCAGAACUAGCGUGUGUGUCAGUAAGUGCGGCAUGUAGAGCGCACACAGAUACAAUUGUUUCAUGAAACAAAGCAACAAAUACAAUGUAGCAAUGAUGUUGGGAGUCUGCAACACUACUGGAAUAUGCAAAUGGUAAAUCAGUGGAGUACUCAAGCCUUAAAUCUAUGGAAAAUGCAAACCUUGAAUCAAUGGAACACGCAAACCUUGAAUAAAAGAAAGAAGUACACCUUUCACUGAAUAUGCCUCUAAAAUGGAUUUAUAAAUGGAGGGUGACUGUGCAAAAACUAACUAUUUUGAAAAACUGAAAUUGCAUCUCCAAUAGAAAUGGAUUCUGUCUUUUGAUAAUUAUUGUUUUGUAAACUUUACAAGUAAACAAGCAAUACCUUCAGAGGAUGAAAUUCUCAAAAUGGAAUUUUUUAAUGACAAUUUUUGGAAUUUUUACACUAGUUUGUGACUACGGAGUUGACCUUUGGAUUGCAGUGAAAUAUUUUCAGCAAGGACUUUAUAUUUUCAGUUUGUUAACAAUUUUAUUUAUCGUCAUUUCUAAUGCUAUAGUAAAUGUUUUUAGUUAUGCCUGGAUUAAGGAUGACUGUACUGAAGGAAACACCAGGAAACUGAGAUGGGUUUGGGUUAUCCAUGUGUUAAUGGCCGGGACCUUUCUACGGUACUGGCAUGCUGUAAAGUGUGGCUAUCGAGCAGCAAUGUCGACCCAUUCCGAAGGGGAUUUCACAAAAACCAAUAAGAAAGCAGUUGACGCUAUGACAGAUCUCAGUAUGCUGAGAUGCUUCAAGACAUUCCUAGAGAGCACACCUCAGCUUAUACUUCAGAUUUACAUCCUAAUGGAGCAUGGGCAGAUAACUCUACUUCAAUAUGCAACCAUCAUCAUCUCAGUGUUCAGCAUCUCAUGGUCCACAGUUGACUACCACAUGUCUUUAAGAAGCUCUCUUGAAAAUAAAAAAGAAAUCAGUUUAGGACUUCCUGCUGUCACAUAUGUGCUGUACAAGCUACUCACACUAACAUCAUGGAUAUUAAGUCUUGUCUUUCUACUGGCCUGCAAUGUGUAUAUCUUUGUGGCCCUUUUGGGUAUUCUCUGGAUCCUGGGUCUGUGCUGGGCUUGGAAACAGAACACGAAGUUUUGCACCAACAUGCGAAUGGAAAUCUUAUAUAGGAUUGUUGUUGCCGUGAUUCUUGUUCUCACCUUCUUUAAUGUUAAAGGACAAAGGACUAGAGUCCCAAUGUCAGUUUAUUAUAUCUUUCGAAUUGUGGCAACCAUAGGCAUUCUUAUUUUGUGCUUCCUCUUCAAAGAGUCCCUCACUCGUAAAUUGUUCUUUGCUGUAUUCAGCAUUGCUUUGGUUCUUGCACUGGGGCUGGGCUUAAUGUCUCUUAUCCUUUAUUAUUGCCUUUUCCAUCCAACCCUUCACUCCAAAGAUCAGAAUCAAGAUGCAGCUGAUGGCUGUGUAGAUAGAAGUAAAAGUCAUUAUUUUCUUAGCCAAUAAUAAUGUUGCAUUUAUUUAUUUUGAAGAAUUUGUAUAUAUUUGUUUACAGGCAUAGCUUGGCAAUAAUAGCUGUGUGAAAUACCAACACUGACUGUAUAUAGUGUGUAACUGUUAUUUUGCAAGGCUAGUGACAUGUGGCUUAUAAGGUGGGUGUGUGCAAUGGACACCAUUUGUUUAAAAAGAAAAAAACGUACAUUCUAAAUCCUAUGCAGCACCCCUAUUUGCCCUCUAUUUUUACUGCUCUUUAGUAAGACCUUAUGCAUACACAAUCCUGUGGGUUGCAGGACACAAUGGGUCUCAUUUAUAUAUAAGGGUUGUGGGCAGGGUAUAUAUAAUAUAAAGGCUGGUGCUAUAGAUAAGUGUUUUACCAUCCCGGCUGCAGACUAACCAAGACAUAAAACUUUAGGGAAGAAAGCCUUCGCACCUUUAGUCAGAGACCCCUUUGAAACAGCACUUUAUAUCAGUUGAUCUGGACCAGUGGUCCCCAGCCAGUGGCUUGUGAGCACCAUAUUGCUCUCCAAACCCUUGGAUGUUGCUCCCAGAGGCCUCAAAGCAGGUAGUUGUUUUUUAUUUCCUGACUUGGAGCCACAUUUUGUUUGCACAGGUGUACUGUCAAACAGAGCCUUAUGUAGGAUGCCAGUCCACAUAGGGGCUACCAAAUAGCCAAUAAUAGCAUUUUUUGCUACCCCUGGAACUUUUUUUAAUGCUUCUGUUGUUCCCCAACUUUUUUCAUUUGAAUAUGGGUCACAGGUAUUAAUGGUUGGGUACCCCUUAUCUAGACCUAUGGACAUUCUACGUUACAUAUUGCCAGGGUUUUUGGGGUUCAGGCCUCCCUUUGUGUUUUAAAGUUUUGUCAGAAAGCAGUGAUGGUUUUAUUUUGCAAUAGUGCUAGUGACAUCCAGGAGAGUAAAAUGAUCUUAUGUGUCCUAAAUCCCACCUUAAAGGCCAUCCGGAUUAGCUUCUCCUCCUUUUAUAAGAUUGCUUUUGGCUCUGUCAACAUGAGCCAGUACAAAGUUGAUAGCAGCCAAGUGCAACAAAAUCUUAAUGGACAGGUGUAUAACAUCUGUCAUAUAGUGGUAUAUGCUAGUGAGUCCAAAAAUCAUACAAAAUGUAGCUUUUGUGCGUGUAUGGCCAAGCUUUAGUGUUUCCACUUUAUGCCCACUUAAGAUCACAAUUGUUUUCGUGACCACACUUGGACAUCCAAAACCAACAGACCAGUGGUGAGCCAUGGUGAUCAAAAGUGUGUUGUCCCCACAAAGCUUUUCCAUUCUGUGUUAUUAUUUCUUUUGUGUGGGAGUAAGUGCGGUUUGUGGUAGGAUUUUGAACAGGGAAUAUACAUUUUUUAAAAGAAUUUUAUACUUUAAGAUUUCUUUGUUAUGAAUUUUUACAUUAAAUAUUCAGUAAAACUAUGCUUUUGUUAUCA